UUGACAGGCGAAGAGCUAAUCAUCAAGUUUUAUUUUGAAAUUGACUACCACCCUACCCUACAAGGGAAUUGUAAAACUAUCAUGGAGGCGGUUUGCGCACAAGAUGACGUCGCGUGUCCAGUGUACGCUUUAACCGCCGCCCUGCACUCGCUGCACCUGUACUGCGCCACUCUGGCUGCUGCACUAAUUUGCUGCUGUACUCCAGUACGACCACACUGUUACAAAAAUCAUUGGCGACUGCAGAAUAUAAGAGGAGCAAGCAGCCUGGCCUUAGGUGUGGUGUGGUGUUGUUGGACGGCCGCCGCCUUCCUCCGUCCCUCGGAGACAGUGCGACUAGUGGCCUCGCUCGUUGCUUUAUUGGCCUGGUUCGCUGCGGCCGCUCUUCACGUUCUUCUGUGGUCCCGUCGCUCAGCAGCUCCCAUUCUGUACCUUGCGGUAUAUUGGCAGCUCUCAGCUAUCGCCGCUGCAUCUAUAACAUGGUGGCAUUUACGUUCUGGAGCUUCUACUAUCCAUGUAGAGCUAUAUAUACAAGGACUUACAACUGUAUUCGCAUUCCUGAUGUCAAGCGUGGACUGUGUUUGUUUUUAUGACGAGGUUACAAAGCGUAAUCAAGGCCAACAGGAAUCUUCAACAAAAGACAAUGUCUUUUACAGGCAUAAUCAAAGCCAUUUUUAUUCAAAGAUAACAUUUUUCUGGCUUAAUGCUUUUUUAUAUAGAGGGUACAGUGAAAUAUCUCAAGAUCAUGAAGAUUUUGGAGAACUUCCAGAAGAUGAAAAGUCGUCGAAGUUUUAUGAAAGAUUUAAAAGAUUUUAUAAGAACCAAAAACAGAUAUCUAAAGUAAAUGGUAAAAGAAGUAUUUGGCGUUGUUAUCUACGUACCAUAUGGCCAAAUUUUUAUAUUGCUGGGAUUUUAAAACUAUUCGGAGAUUUGGUUGGAGUUAUACCACCGUUAGGGUUGGCGAUUAUAGUUCAGUACAUCGAAGAUCCCGACAUAACGUACGGAACUGAGUCAGAAGUGACAAUACAAGAAUUUAUUCAAAACGCUUAUGUUAUGUUAGUUAUCGUUACGUUGGCAUUAAUUAUUCAAGCGAUACUUUCGCAGAAUUCAACUCAUCUAGUAACAGUAGAAGGAACAAGAUUGAAAACGGCCUUGCAAAGUAUGGUUUAUGACAAAUGCAUGCGCCUGGCAUCAUGGUCAUCAGCUGAAUCGGAAGUAGACGAAGAAUCUCCGUUAUUGCAAUCUACCGAAGACCACACUCCUUCACAGUCUGGUCUCCUGACCAACUUAAUAUCACAAGAUACGUACAAUAUAAUGUCAUGUGUUUGGGUAUGUCACUAUAUCUGGGCAAUUCCUUUAAAGGUGGCUGUUAUUUUGUAUUUACUUUAUACGAAAUUAGGAGUAAGUGCAAUAAUAGGAACCGCUGCUAGUGUUGUCCUGAUAACUCCGUUACAAUUUUAUAUUGGGAUGAAGCUUUCGGACAAUUCCAAAAAUAUUUCUAAGUGUACUGAUCACAGAGUAUCCAAAAUGUCAGAAAUUUUACAGGGCAUAAAUGUUAUUAAACUUUAUGUAUGGGAAGAUUUGUUCAAUGAAAAAAUUUUGCAGCUAAGAGAAGUUGAAUUAAGACUGUUAAAUAAGGAUUCUAUUUACUGGGGAGUUCUAACUUUUACAACACAAGCAUCCACUAUACUUAUAACAGUUGUUACGUAUACACUGUUAUAUUUUUUAAACAAUGGUGAUGGUUUAACAGUAGUUAAUGUAUUAGCUGGUUUGGCGUUAUUCAAUCAAUUAGCAGUACCUCUUCUAAUUUUACCCGUGACGGUGCUCAUGGUGAUUCAAGCUAUGGUGAGUACCAAGAGACUCGAGGACUUUUUAGAGCUACCGGAAUCAAAUAAUGUGAAAGAAGAUAGCUGUGAACAAAGUGCAUCCAAUAAUAAAUCUUGUCAUUUGCUUUUAAACAACAUUAUGGAUUCUGCUCCAGACUGCAAUUCUUUUCCAAAUCAAGAGCAAACCGAUAAAUGUGUUGAUGGUGAAUGCGAAGAUAAAUUCUUUGAAGAUAGUAAACCAACUUGCAAUGAUCAAGAUUACUUAAUAAGAUUCAAAAACGCGGCAUUUUCUUGGAAAAUGAACGACAACGCCUGGCUAGAUAUUGAUGAUUUAGAUAUUCCAAAAGGUAAGCUGAUUAUGGUUGUUGGAUCCUCUGGAUCCGGCAAAUCGUCAUUUUUAUCUGCUAUACUAGGAGAAAUGAAUCUCGAAAGGGGAGACGUCAACUGGAAUGGAGAAUACAGCGCCAGUUAUGCGGGACAACCUCCAUGGCUGAUCGAAGGCUCGAUCCGUGAUAAUAUUCUCAUGGGGCGUCGUUGGAACCCAUCAGAGUACGCGCGCGCCCUCCGUGCCGCCGCUCUGAGACCUGAUCUGCAGCUAUUACCUGACAGCGACCGUACGCAGCUAGGUCGGCAUGGAGCACCGUUAUCGGGCGGGCAGCGUGUGCGAGUGUGCGUGGCGCGUUGUAUAUACAGCCGUGCGCGGCUGCUGGCACUGGACGAACCGCUUGGAGCCCUGGACGCGGCGCUCGCGCGGCACUUGGUGGCCCGUGGGCUGUUGCCUGCCGCGAGAGCUGGCCGCACCGUUAUAAUUGCUACAAAUCGCUUAGAACUACUGCACUACUCUGACUUGGUGAUAGCAAUGGAAGACGGACGGGUGUGCGAGGUGGGGCGGCCGAGGUCUGGCGCUCGAGCGUGCGGCGGGCCCAGCGAGAGCACGCUGCGGCGCUGGCGGCUCGCUGCGGAGGCGCGGGCGGCCGUGGCGCGCACGGGCGCCGGCCCGCCCGGCGGCUCCGCGCGCGAACGUGCUCGCUUGCUGCGCGCGCUCAGCCGGACCAACUCCAACACCCACAAUAACGACGAAGAUAUGGUGGCCAUCAGCGAGGCAACAGGCGCGCAUUUCCUGGCCGAGAUACCGACGCGCGCGGGCGGUAGCUGGCGUCGAACUUCCACACGUCCGCGGACAGCCCUUUCCAGACAACUUUCUUCACCCCCGCCCUCUGUCCACCGCUUCAAAUGGAGUCGUGAAGUACGACGCGCAGUGAGCGCGGACGAAUCGGAUAUUAGUCGGCCACGCGUACACCGGACGCUCGCGCGAUGGACGCCGCGGAUGUUACAUCGAUUGUUAAGUACUGACGACGACACGCAAGCAGACGACCUACAAGAAAAUGCUAAAGAUGAAUCCACAACAGUCGACACAACUUUUGCAUCGGUUCCAUCAAAUGGUGUUGAAACAACAAUUAGCAACAACUCUGAUAAUUUAAUAUCAAACAAGGAGGACUCAGAAGAAGUAAUUAGUGAGAGCUCAAUUUGGUGGGUGUACGCACGUGCGUGCGGUUGGUGGGGUGCUAUGUACUGGCUAGCUGCGGCGGCCGCGCAGGCGUUAGCGCUCACUGCUGAUUGGUGGCUUUCUGACAGUGCCGCGACCAGCUCAAGGACGGCUCUUACUGAUGAUGAUGUGUGGGCGGCGGUAUGUGCGUACGUGUGGUGGAGCGCGGGCGGCGCGGCGGCGGGCGGCGCGGCGCAGGCGUGCAGCGCGUGCGCGGGCGCGGCGGCGCGGCGCGUGCUGCACGAGCGCCUGCUGCACGCCACGCUGCACGCGCCGCCGCACCGCGCGGCCUCCACCGCGCUGCACCGCUUCUCCGCCGACAUCGCCGUCGUCGACCGGAAAUUGGCCACCGCGGUGACGCGGUGGGCGCAGCUGGCGUUGCUGUGCGCGGCAGCGGUGCUGGUGAAUAUUAUUGCGUCAAGCUGGAUGCUUCUGGCUUUCCUCCCCGCGUUUAUUUGUUUUCUACUACUGCAGACUGUCUACUUACACAAUGCUAGCGAGGUGCAGCGGUCGGAGGCGCGGAGCGCGGCGCGCGUGGCGUCGCUGUGCGCGCAGACCGGCGCGGGCGCGAGCACAGUGCGCACGUGCCGCCUGCAGGCCCGCAUGCGCGCCGCUUUUCUCGCGCGCCUCGACCGCAACCACAACUCGCUUUUGCUGCUCAACGCCGCCAACCGCUGGCUUGGACUCACACUGGACCUAGUGGGCGCGGCAAGCGUAUGCGUGUCCCUAGCGACGGCGCUGGUGGGCGCCGGGUCAGCGGGGGGAGCAGCCGGCGCGGGGCUGGCGGGCGCGUACGCGCUGCUGCUGCCCGCGUACCUGGCGCACGCCGCCAAGUGCCGCGCCGACCUGCACCAGCAGCUCGCCGCGCUGCAGCGCAUCCUCGCCGACACCGCCGUGCCGCAGGAGGACUACCGGGACGACUGCCCGAUCCCGGCAGGCUGGCAAAGGAAUGGCAAAAUAGAGUUCGAAAACGUGACAGUACAGCAUCAUCCUGACGCUCCACCCAUACUUAAAAAUAUAAACUUGACUGUAAAUCCUGGUGAAAAGCUGGCGAUAUGCGGGCGCAGCGGCAGCGGCAAGUCGACGCUGGUGCUGGCGUGCGCGGGCGCGGCGGGGGUGCGCGGCGGGCGCGUGCUGCUUGACGGCGCGGACACAUCGCGAGUGCCGCUGCGCGCGCUGCGCCACCGCGUGCUCGUACUGCCGCAGGACGCUGCGCUCUUCGCGGGCACGCUGCGCGAGAACCUCGACCCGCUCGCCGUGCACACCGACCACGACAUCUGGCGCUGUCUCAAGGCCGUCGGCCUGUACGACUUCGUCUCGGCGCAGCCCGCGGGCUUAGAAUGUUCUGUUGGCGGUGGUCGCGGGCGGUGGUGCGGCGGCGGGCGCGGGGCGCGGGUGUGCGCAGCGCGCGCCGCGCUGCACGCGCGCCUGGCUGCCGCGCUGCUGCUGGACGAGCCGGGCGCCGCGCUCGACGCGCCCGCAGAGCGCGACCUGCUCGCCGCCCUGGCCGACCUCGCCCCCAACACCACCAUCAUUACAGUCGCGCAUCGAGUGUCUGCAGUGCGUGGGUACGAUCGUGCUGCCGUUCUGGAGGAAGGCCGGAUAGUAGAACUGGGCAGUAUAAAAAGUCUGUUGGCACAGCCCGCUUCGAGACUCGCUCGCAUGAUAGCUGCUCACAAUCGCUUGAUUGAACAUUAG